AUGGAGCUACCGCCACUGCUGGCCACCUUCCUUGCCAUGGUGCUCGCCGCCGUGAUCCUCCGCACGCUCAAACCAACGUCCAGCCGCCGUGUUUACAACCUUCCCCCUGGUCCGAGACCGUGGCCUGUCAUCGGCAACUUCAACCUCAUCGGCGCGCUCCCGCACCGCUCCAUCCACGAGCUCUCCAAGAAGUACGGCGAGCUCGUGCACCUCCGCUUCGGCUCCUACUCCGCCGUCGUCGGCUCGUCGGUCGACAUGGCCAGGCUGUUCCUCAAGACCCACGACCUGCUCUUCCUCGACCGCCCCAGGACGGCCGCCGGCAAGCACACCACCUACAACUACGCCGACAUCACGUGGUCCCCCUACGGCGCCUACUGGCGCCACGCGCGCCGGAUCUGCGCCACCCAGCUGUUCAGCCCCGGUCGGAUCGCGUCGUUCGAGCACGUCCGCGCUGACGAGGUGCGCUCGCUCGUGCGCGGUCUCUUCGCCGCGGCGUCGGGGGGCGCCGCCGCCGUGCCGGUGCGCCUCAACCGGGACCACCUGUCCACGCUCAGCAUGAACGUGAUCACGCGGAUGGUGCUCGGCAAGCGGCUCUUCGACGGCGGCGAGGGCGCGGCGGCGGCGGAGGGGCCCGGUCGUCGCUGGGCGAGUUCAAGUGGAUGA